AUGGAGCUCAUUGUAGGGAUGAUAGCAAACGGACUGAUAGUGGUUGUGAAUUGCCUAGAGUGGAUCAGAAGCAGAAAUCUGAGCUAUUGUGACAUGAUCCUGACUAGCUUGGGUAUCUCCAGAUUGUUCUUUCAGUGCAUGAUAAUCAUUAAUACUACCAUCUAUCAAAUAUCUUCAGAGGAUAAUGCACAUCUUGAUUUGCUGAGAACCCUGGAUUUUCUCUGGUGUUUUACAAGUACUCUCAGUCUCUGGUUUGCCUCCUUGUUGAGUGUCUUCUACUGUGCAAAGAUUGCCAAUUUCAGCCAACCCAUCUUCCUCUGCCUGAAGUGGAGACUACUAGGGCUAAUGCCACAGCUACUCAUGGGAACCUUUCUGGUCUCCUUUGUCACCAGUCUCUCUUCAGUUUAUUCCAUUGAUCGGAAGUACAUAAACAAUUCAAUGACUAAUCUACCAGGAAACACCACAGGGGAGUGGACAUACUACACUAACUUUUCUUCUGGACUUUUCAUUUUGUACAUGCUUUGCCAUUCCUUUCCCUUCAUUAUAUUUAUUGUUUCCUCUGCACUGUUAAUCAUGUCUCUGUGGAGACACACUAAAAGGAUGGAAAAAACCACAGGCAGCUGCAGGGACACUGUUACCCAGGUUCAUGUCAGAGCAAUUCAAGGACAGCUCUCUUUCAUUAUCUUCCACAUUUCUUAUUUUGUUGCACAG